AUGAACUUCAUUUUUGUGCAACGACGGCGGAAGAGAAGACAGGCUUGUCACACAGCUGCCAUGAGCCCAACAUCAUCGCCUGUCUCACCGCUAGAAGCGCAAGCCCUCUACCGGUUUGAAACCGUCGCCUUACCCUCUUCAAAACCGAGAGGAGCACAAGACCACGACCACCAUCGAAAGCACACAUCGACCUCUUCGGCAGACACAGACUGCUCGGUACCCACAACAAACACAGACGACUCCGUGAGGAUCGAGGAUGCGCUGAGCCCUCUCGAACCAACUAUAACAUGGUUCGAUCAAACACCCAGUCACUGGAGCGACGCUGCCACUGCGAGUACUGUCCUUUCCCUUCUCCACAAGGAGCCUCUGCGGUCACCACCGCCCAGUCUUCCCGAGAGUGACACCAACACCAAAUACCAGUUGCAUUAUACAUGCUCAAUCUGUUUCGAAAGCCGCGCUGAAGCAUGUUACCCACGGUCACCAAUCGCAAGCGGCUGUGAUCACGCCUCCAUCCCACACACUUACGUGUGUACCAGCUGUCUCCGUCGGAGUCUGGACCUGCAGCUCUCCUCAACAAGUGGAGGCCUUUUAACAUGCCCUCUUUGCCACGCACAUCUCUCCGACGACGAGAUGCAACGGUGGGCGAGCACGACAACAUUCCAGGAGUAUUCUCGCCUGCGGACGUGGCAGAUUUUGGAGGAAGAUGCUGAAUUCGUCACCUGUAUCCGACGGGAUUGUGGAUAUGGGCAGUUCCACGCGGGUGGUCUGGAGGACCCUAUUGUAGUAUGUGGGUCUUGUGGCACUCGGACAUGUUAUAUCCAUCGGGGAACGGCGUGGCAUGAGGGUCUGUCAUGUGCGGAGUAUGAGGAGCUUGUGAAAUCCCCGGUUGAUGACUAUGAUACUAGAAAUUUUUAUUGGACGGCAGGUCCUUGAUGUGACUUUGAUUAGUUCAGUGUUGAGAGAUAGAAGCGAUAUCCAUCUGUAUAUAUUUGUGUGGAGCUAAUUCCCAUGGACAUUUCAGUGUAAGGGGCUUUGAAAUGCUUGUAUGCUGUUGAACAGCUUCUCUGGGGAAAGAUGUAUAUCUAAUCAGGCAAAAGUUAUCUUCAUGACAACCAAUUCAUAAUAAAUAUUUUAGACGAUUGCAAUGUGGACUGGUAAUCAAGCAGUUAUCACGACCAUUU